AGUUUAGUGUGUGGUGUGUUUUCCUCUCAGAGCUUAACGACAGAGUACAAAGGUGAACAAAUGUAAGAGGAGCUUAUUUCCUGAUAGAAGGAGCAACUCCACCAGCUAGUGUGUAUUCAUUAAAGUGAAGGUUUAAGAAAGAAAAAAGAAAGGAAGAAAACCCAGAAACCUUUCUUUCUCUUUCACUUUGCUGAAUACACAUUUAGUGCAACUGCGUAGGACGAUGAUCACCGACGUUUUAUCCAUGAGAACAGGAGACUCAAGCACAGACAACAAUUGCAUAACAGUGAAAACUGAAUUCCUUGGAGCUUACAAAGAAGGAUGUGUAAAUCUCACGGAAAUUGCCAGUGUUGUAAAACGUCACUCGGGUACAGCUCUUCCUCUGGUGAAACCAAAGAGCUACAGUUUGAGGGUGUGUGGUCAGGAUGGCACAGUCUAUGCUGGAAAUGAGGAUCAGCUAGAAGCCUGGAAAGAUUACUACCUGCCAGAGAGGAUGGAAAUGGAGGUGAUCGGUGCACUUGACGAUUUUGCGUGUGAAGCGUUUGGUCUGCAGUUAGUGCUGUUGGUGUGUGAAGACGGAAACAUCUACGCCUACGAGGAUGAAGUUCUGCAUCUUGUAGCCAGAAGUUUAAGCGAGCUGUUUGAAACUGGGAUGACCUUUCCUGGAAUAGAAACCUACAAAGAAGGCGAAUGUUUCGAGGAUUAUACAGAGGAGGAAUACAAUGAAAUGAUGGAAUCUGAAGAAAUUAGGGAAAUGAAAGAAGCACACAGCAGGUUUCGGGAGUCCUUGGAGCUUGAAAUGCUGGAGUCACUAAAGCAAUUCAGACCAAGUAAAUCAAAGGUAUGCAAAGAGGAUGAGGAGUUUGCAAAAGAGGACCCAAAUUUGCAAAACAAAUCAGAAAUCAUUAACAAGAAUUCGGACAUUGUUGUUCCUAGAUGCAUGGACAUUGUUCUUUGGCCCUCGAGUUAUCCACCUAAACCACACAUUCAGUCAAAGUUUUUCUGGGCAGACACUUUGAUGCCUCACCGUUUAGGUACAUUAAAUCUGCUUAAUAGGAACUGCUCACCAAAUGUUGUGUAUUUUCCUUUUCUGCUGAACUCAAAAACCAAAGAGCUCAGGUGCAAACAAAUGUAAGCAGUUCCAGUAGUGUCCUUUACUUGGGUGCCAAUAUAAAUGUAGUUGUCUUCCAUAAGGGCACCACUUGUUGAUCACAAAAAUAGCUUUUUUCCACCUAAAGAACAUUGCCAGGUUACGUCCUUCUCUCACUGACCCUGUGGCUGAAACUCUCAUCCGUGCAUUCAUUACAUCUCGACUGGACUACUGCAACUCUGUGCUGGUUGGGCUUCCAUUCAGCAGGUUAAAAAACUUCAGUAUGUUCAGAAUUCAGCAGCAAGACUUCUUACUCACACUAAACCUUGGGAACACAUAACCCUCGUACUGCAAAAUCUUCACUGGCUCCCUGUUUAUUACUGAGUACAAUACAAAAUUCUUCUCUUGGUUUAUGAAUCUCUGCACGGUCUGGCCACGGUCGGGCUCGUGACUUUUUUUUUACUUCUUAAACUAAAGCUACUCUAUUGUAGAAGUAGAGGUGCCAUUCGAAAUUUCAUUGUACUUGUGUAUAGUGGAUAACGCGCGCGCGUGUGUGUUUGUGUGUGUGUGUUUGUGCCUUUAGAAGAGACGCUUUGUUCACAGUAUCGCUAUAAGUGAUUCAUUGAUUCAUGAGUUGAAUCGUUUUAUGUGAAGCGUAAGUUGCUCUUCUCGGUUAUCUCUCCGUGUUUACUGUUAUUAAUUAAAUGUCGUGGUUUUAAAUUAACACCAGCUACUACAGAACAUUUUGCGUGACUCUCUUACAUUAAAAAGCUUAAUUAAAAAGCUUAAUUAAACUGCUAUUACCUCAGAUCUGUAACCGAGUCAGACUUGUUCCGUCUAAGCAGCUAAAAGUUUUCUGAUCCUAAAAGUUCAGCCGAUGAUCCUGAACUAACGAAUUUGGUAAUGAAUAAAAUUUUGCCUCUGAUUGGCUCUGUAACGUCUUCUGUUCUCAUCUACAUCACAAGCAAGAACCGCUUACGAUUUACCAAAGUGAACCAGGAGUUUAUAUAACGUGCUGAUAGAAUCGACUCAGAUGUGACUGGGUUGAAUUAUCUUUUUAAAGUAAAUAUUACAAUCAGCAAAAUUACAUCGUAUGUAUGAUGCACAACAUUAAUGAUGUUAUUUUAGGUCAUGAAGAGCUUUCACUGUGGUUUCUGUACGAUGGUUGAUGAAUGGUGAUGUGAUGGUUGGCGCUUCGUAGCUCAAAGUCUGAAUCAAUCCACUGAGCUGUUAACUUAACGUGAUCUUUAUAUAUCACACGAUCGGAUCGGCUACUUUUAGGAAAUAUCGCCGAUCGCCGAUAGCAUAUUUUGAUUAAAAAUCGGCCGAUACCGAUUCGUAGCCGAUCGAUCGUCCCAUCUCUAGUAAAUAUGUAAAUAACAAAACUGCAUCUGAAAGGUGGGGGGGGCAAGUUCAUUGGCAUUAGAUGUGAUUAAAGAUUCAAACAGAAUAAAAGGUGCAUUGGUUACAUGUUAAACUACAUCAGCAAAUUAUUAAUACCACCCCAACCAUGACACUUUAAGAUACUAGCCAUUAAGCAAUGCAUUUUUUAACAUUGCCAGCCCAGCUCUGUUUUUUUAUGUUUUUGUCUUAUGAUCUCCUUGCUCUGAUUACCUUGUUUUAAAGAUUUUGUUCUAUUUGUUUUUUAGAUACGAUUAGUUGCAAUAGCAAGAAUAUUAAUUAUUUUUAAGGUAGCAGCAUAGAGCAUAGUUGUGAGCAUAACCGUGCUGUAACAGUACAGUAAGUUUUCUGUACAUGACAGUACAGUGUACUAAAGAUUUUUUUUUUUAAAUUGCAAAUCACAGAUACAUGAUGCACUUUAAAUUAGAUAAUAUACAGGGUAGUGGUAGCUUAGUAUUUAAGGCACUGGUAAGGCCCUUAACCUUAAAUUGAUCAUAUUGUCACAAUUGGCUAAAAGCGUCUGCUAAAUGCUUUAAAUGUGAAUAUAAAUGGGACAGGGUGCUUAUUAUGCACUAGGCUUAGUUUGUUGUUAAAAUGUAUUAAAAAAAUUACAUUAUAUUUUUUGACUUA